CCUCCCCACCCCGGCACCGCCUGCGCGGCUCGGACUCCGCCCGGCCGCCUCGCCUCCUCUAAACCCUAACCAACUCCCGCCGCGCCCCCGCUCGCCUGCCCGCGCGUGCCGCCGGGGAUGAAGAGCGCGUGGAGGCAGAGCGGCGGCGUGGCGGCCGUGGCCGACCACCUCGGCCACCUCGGGGGAGCAGGGUUCGUCGGGCGCGCGCGGCCGGCCAGGCUCUGCCUCUACGGCCUCGCGCUCACCUUCGCCGGGUUCGCGGUCUUCCUCGCCGUCGCGCCCUCCCUCCCCGCGCCACCGGCCUCGUCGCCGGCCGCGGCGUGGUUCGACGGCCUGAUCGCCUCCGCGUCGCCGUACCGUGCGCAGGUCUCGGGCUUCCUCUCCUCCCUGUUCCCCGCCAAUUCCUCCUCCUCGGUGCCUCUCAGUGGCGUCGCAGCGAGGCGUGGCGGGCCGAGCGGUCCGCAAGCGGGGGGCAGUAUCUCCAGUGCGGUUCGGCCGGGUGAGCUGUUGGGAAGCGGAGGCGGAGUUCCGUCCAGCAGUGUGGGCGGAGCUCCCAGCGGGGAUCACGCGCCAGCGCCUGGCGAUGCUGCUGCGGCGGUGCCGAGCACCGUGCCGCCCGAUGAUCAUGUGCAAGGCCAAGACGGUGCCGAGGCCAAACAUUCUACCGGGUCUGCCACAGCCGAGGCGAAGAGUAGGCCUGGACCUGGACUUCCGAGCGGCGGUUCAGCCCAGGAUGGCACAACAUCGAAGGGAGGCGUUCCCGUUCGGAUCAACGGCUCCGACGCGAACGCGAGUUCCGUGGAUUCCGGAGAUGGCAGCGAGAUGAAAGCCAGUGCAAGGAAUGCCGCCGGCUCAACGCACCAGUUAGGAAGCGGAACUGCAGCUUUAGGCAAUGGUACUGCUGUUCCAUUCAUUAAUCAGACUACGAGUGCAGUUGCAGCGGCCAUGGAUGGUAAUGGAACUGCGUCUCCUGCAGGCAAUAACCAGACUCUGCUGAUUCAAUCUCCUGCAGAUAACAAGAACCAUACUAGAGGUUCUGCUGCUUCAGAUGGAAGCAGGAGUUCAGAGAAUAAGCAGAUUGAAUCAACUGCUCGUCCUCAGGGAAGCACUAGUCCAGCGAAAGAUCAAUCUGCACAAGUGGUUACCCCAAUAGCCAAUAACAACAGUACUGUGCUGGUGAAAGCGGCUGCUACUGCCGGCCGACGCAAGAAGGUUGACUGGAUUGAGAACAUGGCCAGCUGCGACAUGUUCUACGGGAAUUGGGUCCGAGAUGACUCGUACCCUCUGUACCCUGCGGGAUCAUGUCCUCACAUCGAUGAAUCCUUCAACUGCCAUCUCAACGGCCGGUCUGACAAAGCUUACCAGCGGCUACGGUGGCAACCCAGCGCAUGCAGAAUCCCAAGAUUGAACCCAACUGAUAUGUUGGACCGGCUGAGGGGAAAGAGACUGGUGUUUGUCGGUGACUCACUCAACAGGAACAUGUGGGAAUCCUUGAUUUGUAUCCUUAGGAAUUCUGUCAAAGACAAGAGCAAGGUUUUUGAGGUAUCCGGCAGGAGCCAAUUCAAGGCUGAGGGCUCCUACUCGUUCUUGUUCCAGGACUACAAUUGCACCGUGGAGUUCUUCCGCUCCCCUUUCCUUGUUCAGGAAUGGGAGAUGCCAAUCAGAAAUGGAAAGGGUAGCAGGGAAACUCUCAGGCUUGACAUAAUCGAUCGAGCGUUUCCGAGGUACAAGAAUGCAGAUAUCAUUAUCUUCAAUACUGGUCACUGGUGGACACAUGACAAAACUUCUCUAGGGAAAGAUUACUAUCAAGAGGGCAACCGCGUAUAUAGUGAGCUGGAUGUCCAUGAUGCCUAUCGAAGAGCUCUGAACACCUGGGCCAAGUGGGUUGAUUCCAAUGUAAAUCCCAAGAAAACCACUGUGUUUUUCAGAGGCUACUCAGCAUCCCAUUUCAGUGGGGGUCAAUGGAAUUCAGGCGGUAGUUGUGACAAGGAAACUGAGCCAAUAACGAAUGAGAAGUACCUCACACCAUACCCAACAAAGAUGAGCAUUUUGGAGGAGGUGCUGCAUGGGAUGAAAACACCAGUUGUGUACCUGAACAUAACAAGGAUGACUGACUACAGGAAGGAGGCACACCCUUCAGUCUAUCGCAAGCAGAAGUUGACCGAGGAGGAGAGGAAAUCGCCUGAGCUAUACCAGGACUGCAGCCACUGGUGCCUUCCUGGAGUACCUGACUCCUGGAACGAGCUUCUCUACGCACAGAUUUUGGUGAAACAGCGCCAUACGAUGCAACAAUAAAGGCAAGUGUGGAUUGUUCUUGUACAUGAACUGUUGUAGUCGGACGGCGAGGUGCAUAGGAUCCACACAAUCGAUCAAAGGGAAGCUGAUAUAACUGAGAUCAAGGAUUUUGGAAUCCUUGCGUAGAGUAAAGCAGGCAGUUAGUCAGAUCUCUAGCUCUGAAUAACAACACGAAAUCUGUACAGGCUGAAUAGGAUUAUAUGGUGUAAACUUCAUGUCUAGUCAUUAACAAAAGCAAUAAGAAAAAUGGAAUAGAUAAUGCAUUAUAUUCAUAGGAGGAUCUUGUUCUGAUAGACUUUGUCUGUAUGUAUAGUAAUAUAGCAUUCCACAUAGUAUUCUGAGUUCA